AUGGUGAUGCUGAUGUCCUCCUGCUUCAUCCUGUCUAUACGGGAGGUGACAGGCUAUGUGCUGGUGGCUCUGAACCAGUUUGACUACCUGCCGCUGGAGAACCUGAGGAUCAUCAGAGGAACUAAGAUGUAUGAAGACCGCUACGCUCUGGCAAUCUUCCUCAACUACCGCAGAGAUGGGAACUUUGGCCUGCGCCAGCUGGGACUGAAGAACCUCACAGAGAUCCUACAAGGCGGUGUGUAUGUCGACCAGAAUAAGUUCCUGUGCCAUGCAGACACCAUCCACUGGCAAGACAUCGUCAAGAACGCCCGCGUCAGCCCUCUGGUGGUGCCCACCAAUAGCAGUGUUACAUGCCAGAAGUGUCACAAAUCCUGUAACGGUCGCUGUUGGGGUCCCAAGGAGGACCAGUGUCAAAGCUGUGAGUAUCCUAUAUACUGCUGCCUCAGCCUGCUGCCUCAGUACUGCUGCCUCAGCCUGCUGCCUCAAUACUGA